GUCACAGCCUCUCCCCCCUCUUCAUCACAGCCUCCCCCCCUCUUCAGCACAGAGAUCCUCCAGACACAAACUACAGGGAAACAGCGGAGUCAUGCUGCUCCUAACUCUACUCUUCGUGUCCUCAGCCGUAGCAACCCCUCUGCUCGGCACUGAGCAGUGUGCCCGCGGCCCCCCCUACUGGUGUCAGAAUGUGAAGACGGCGUCUCUGUGCGGCGCUGUGCCUCACUGCACGCAGAAUGUCUGGAACAAGCCUCAGAUGAAAACUGUGCCAUGUGACCUGUGCAAAGAGGUGCUGAUGGUUGUGGGCCAGUUACUGAAGGACAAUGCCACUGAGGCGGAGGUUCUUGGAUAUCUGGAGAAGGCCUGCCAGCUCAUUCCCGAUCAGAGUCUGACUGCAGAGUGUAAGGAGAUGGUGGAUAGCUACUACCCCAUCCUCAUCGGAAUCAUUACCGGAGAGCUGGAGGAUCCCGCUGCAGUGUGCGGAGCCUUGGGGCUGUGUAAGUCUGAGCAGGAAGCUCUGGCUAAGUUCCACGCUAAGGAGCAGCUCAUGUCCAAUGAAAUCCCUCAGGUCGACCUCUCCCAGCGUGUCGCUCCGUUCCUCCUCAACGUGCCCGGGCUCCUCUAUCCUCAGGAGAGCCUCAAAAAGGACACUCCAAAACCAGAGGCUUCCAAGCAGGAAGAUGGCGACGUGUGCGAGGACUGCAUCAAGUUCCUGACUGACGCUCAAGCGGAGGCCAAGAGCAACACAACCUUCAUCGACACUCUCAUUAUGAAUAUUGAAAACCAGUGCGACCUGCUGGGACAAGGCCUGUCUGAAAUGUGCAAGGAGUACAUCAGCGAGUACGGCUCACUUGUUGUGCAGCAGCUCAUGUCCAUGGAACAGCAACCUAAAGACAUUUGUGCCCACGCUGGUUUCUGUGCCGAGAUGAAGUCUCUUCCCAUGAUGAUGCUGCAGCCUGCCAAGACCGUACCUGCCGCCAAGACAGUGCCCGCUGCUGCCAACGCCGUGCCCGCUCUCAAGCUCGUCCCCGCUACAAAGGUGCAGCCUGCUACUGACAAGUCAGCUAAGCGCAUGGUGCGUGUCCGUGAUUCCCCAAGGUGCAGCAUCUGUGAGUUUGUGAUGAAAGAGGUGGAGACCAUGUUGGAGGAUCAGACAACAGAGGAGGAGGUGGUUCAGGCUGUGGAGAAGGUGUGCACAAUUCUGCCUAAGACUUUGACCGCCCAGUGUAAGGACCUGAUCGAGACCUACGGCUCGGCCAUCAUUGAGCUUCUGGUGCAGCAGGCCGACCCCAAGACCGUGUGCACGGUGCUGGGACUCUGCAACAACCCCAGCCGUACAUUUGUCCCUGCACUCGACCAGGUUCGCUUUAAGGCCGGCGGCUUCUGCGACGUGUGCAAGUUGGCAGUCAACUACAUCGACGGCAUGCUGGAGAAGAAUGCUACAGAGGAGCAGAUCGAAGAGGCUGUGAGGAAGGUGUGCAGCUUCCUGCCUGAUGCUUUCCAGACCGAGUGUGACCAAAUGGUGGAACAGUACGAGCCGAUGCUGAUCCAGCUGCUGCUGCAGAUGCUCGACCCGGACUUUGUGUGCAUGAAAGUGGGAGCCUGCCCAGAAGCUGUGCGCAGGCUGCUGGGAACAGAGCAGUGCAGCUGGGGACCUGCAUUCUGGUGCAAGAACAUGGAGACAGCAACCCGGUGCAAUGCUGUGGCUCACUGCAAACGCCACGUGUGGGUAUAGAAGAGGAGGAAGACGAGCACACACACACAUCGACCUGUAGGGAAUUAAAAGAAAACAAAAUCUAGUGCUGCUUCCCACUUUUAAUUUUGUCGUUUUUUUCUUUUUAAUGGACUUACAUGAUGCAGCAAUUUGUGUAAAUUAACUUUGAUAUUGUGAAGAUGUCAUGGUGGAAAGGGACUGGACACUUUAUGUUAUUUCCAUGCAGGUGGGGGGGGCGGGGGGGAUGGCACCAUGGAAGCAGUGAUUAUGUGUAUAUUUUCCAGCCGCUCAGCCAUUUAUGAGCUUUGCCUCAUUUGGGUUGUGUUUGCCUGUUUUGCUAGCUGGUUGUGGUUUCACAUGUUGUAUAAUGCUGACUAAGCAUCGGCUGGCUCCAGUUCUGAUGGAUCUUCAGACCAGCCCCCCAGAUUUAUUUGAUGCCUUCUCCCUGGAUUGGACCGACUGCUAACAGGGCGGACGACUCAGAGUGUUAAUGACAGGCUUUUUCUUUUAGCAGUCUCUGAUUCAUUACACAAAUUUAUAUUUUGUAGACAGAAGAAAUGUUAUAGUUUUAAGGAGAUACGGAGGUAAUUAGUCUGAGAGCACUUCUGUCUAUCACCUUGCAUCAUUUGCACUCUUACUACUGUUUGUAAAUCACUGCUUUUCUAACCAACAGAAAGCAUCUCCAGUUUGUCUGCUUCAAAGCCUGAGCCAACUGUCAGUUGAUCUGUACAUUUUUAACAAUAAAAAAUGAUCCCAAUCCAA